AGCGGCCCCGCGGCACGCCGCCGCGGGCAGGCCGCGCCCGCCGCGGCGGCCCGCGGGGGCCCGCGCGUCGGCCGAUGCCCGGGCGCCACGGGGGCAUGGGCGGGCCGGAGGACCUGCCGCGCCCGGAGCGGCCCGAGUGGCAGGACGUGACUCCGCUGCCUCAGGUGGACGGGCCCGAGCCGCUGGCCGUGAUACGCUAUCCGCCUGGCUUCGUGGAGACGCACGAUUACUUCCGCGCGAUCCAGGCGAAGGAGGAGUACAGUCAUCGUGCGCUGGAGCUGACCGCGGACGUUAUUGAGCACAACUCGGCCAACUACACGGCUUGGUACUACCGCAGAAAGUGCCUGAAGGCGCUCGGCGCCGACCUGGACCAGGAGAUGGAGUUCACCGACAACUGGGCGCGCGAUGCGCCGAAGAACUACCAGGUAUGGUACCACCGCCGCUGGCUGAUCACUGAGAUCACGGACCGCCUCCGCGCGGAUGGGCCUGCUGGCGAGGCCAAGGUGUGCGCCAUAGGCGAGCGGGAACUUGAGUACCACUUGGAUGUGAUGCAGGUAAACGACGACUACAAGAACUACAAUGGCUGGUCCCACAGGCAGUUCAUUGUGCAGAAGUUUAACUUGUGGGACAGGGAGAUGAGCUUCGUGGAGGACCUCCUCCGCGACGACAUCCGCAACAACUCCGCCUGGAACCAUAGGUUUACAGUGGUGAAGAACACAGUGUGGCCGCUGAGCGAUGAGACUCGCCAGCGGGAGAUCAAUUAUGCACUGGAGGCGCUGAGGCAGUGCGCCAUGAACGAGAGCGCCUGGAACUACCUCUCGGCCUUCCUGGGCGAGGGAGAGUGCAAGGCGCCGUGGGACUCCGUGCCCGCGGUGGAGGCCCUCUGCAACGAGGUGCUGGCCCUGGCCCCCGCGCAGAAGCAGCAGUGCCGCUUCGCGGUGGAGGCGGUGGCCCAGAUUUGCGAGGCGCGCGGCGACGCGGACGGCGCGGCGGAGCGCUACGCGCUGCUCCAGGAGCUCGACAAGGUCAGGGAAAAGUACUGGGAGCGCCCGCCGUCGCCGACCGCUGUCGGGUCGGACGAGGUUUGCGGACGCUGUCGUCGCUUCCGACUGACUGGUCCACCGCCGGCCGCCCAUUCAUUGCAUGAAGGUUCUUCCUUGUGGUUGGCACUCUGCCGCCAGUGCACCAGGACAAGCAGCUGGGGCCAUUCCGCCCGGCCCCACGAGUUGGGGAUGAUAUCCAUUGGGUUUCGGCAAACGGUUGCCGCCACGUUCGCUAAGCCAGACACGAGCGAUAAUUCGUUCGUGCUGUCAAGAGGUUCAGCCCCUCGGCGCUCCCAUGUGUGCGUCUCCGGCUGUACUUGCGACGGUCGGCCGAUCCAGGGGUGAGAGGCUUAGGAUUUGGGCAUGGGGCACCAGGAUGAAGGAGGAGGGACGGGGAAC